AUGAUUGGAAGACCACCAAGAACAAGGAAUGAAAGAUAGUAAAACCCUUAAAUAAGUGAAGAUUAAUUGAAAAUAGAACUUCAGAUGUAAGCAGAAAAUAAAAAAAGAGAAUUAAGAAUAUAGUAACUCUAAGAAAAAGAAGAAAAUUUAAAAUAGUUAGAGUAUGCAGGAUAAGAUGUUGAAUCCUUUAGAAAUAAAGUAUAUGCAGAAUAUCAGGAUGUCAUUCCACAAUAAUCUAAAGCUGAAUAAGAACGGGCUGCUCGAAUUAAAUUGAGAGAAGAGGAAAGAUUAAGAAGAAAGAAUGGUUUAGGAAGUGCUUAUGAAUAAGAAAAAGAGAGGCUGCCUAUCUAAUUAGAAAAUAAGCUCUUAAAUAAUUUGAAUCAAAUUAAUAAUAAUUAAAAUGGAGAUUGGUUAGAUAAAUAAUAAUUAGUUUCAAAUCAAAAUAAUGCCAAUUAUUAUCAUUAGCAAUAACCAGUUGUUAAUAAUUAUCCUGAUCAAGUUUAUGGUGUAAGAUAAAUAUAAUAGUCUUAACUUAAUAAUUAAAUGAAGAAUGAAUCUUAUCCAGACUAGUAAAGAAAUGAGUAACGUUAUUAACCACCACCACAAAUGAAUAAUCAUAGUAAUUACUAGAAAAAUAAAAUUAAUGAUGCAGCAGAGUAAGAAAGGGAAAAAAAAAGAAAAUAUAAAGAAUAAUUAGAUAUGUAGAUUAAUUAAAAAGGUUAAUAAAAUUAACAACAGAUUUAAAACCAAUAGGGGUAGCAAUAAUUUCAAUUAUAAAAUCACUAGUAAUAAUUAUAAAACUAAUAAUAAUAGUAUAAACCGCAUUCAUAAUAAAGUUAAAGAUAGCCUUAAGUAGAAGUAGAUUUCUUUUCUAAAUUUGGGUAACCUUAAUCCUAGUAAGGUUGGAGAUAAUAGUAGUAAUAAUAAUAAUAAUAAUAAUAACAAUAAAACUAAGAUAAUUCAGCAGUUCAAAAAGUGAAAUAUAGAGAAGAACUUGAUAGAUAAAUCUAAGAAAAAAAAAAUAGAGAAAUGGAAUAAUAGUAAUUAAGAAAUUAAUAAGACUAUGUCAAAAGACCAGUCAGUAAUCCAACUAAUGGUUUAGAUUUACCACAAGAAUAUGAUUAUAAAAAUAAUCUACCCCCUCAAUCUCCUAACUAUUAUUAACCUCCUUAAUCUGCACCUACAGAUGAUUAAUAAAAAGGAAGAUUCAUGUAAAGAAGAUUUACUAGUGGUUAGCCUGAAGAUCCACAAAAGUAAGUUUAAAAGGAACAAUAUGCAGAAGAAUUAAAAAGAUAAAUGGAGGAGAAAAAAAGAAAGAAAAAAUAAGAAGAAGAAGAAAACAGAAGAAGGGAUGAAUUAGAAUAAUAACAAUUUGAAUAAUAAUUGUUACUUGAGAAAAAAAGACAAACAGAACAAGUAAAAUAAAAAUAAGCUGAAUAAUUUGAUUAACAAGUUUAACAUAUUUAACAAAAAGAAGUAGAAAGAAGAGGGAAGUAAAAUAUAUAAAAUGAACAACAUCAUUAAGAAAUUACUAAGAAAUCUGCUUUAUAAAUUUAAUCUCCUGAAAGUGACAUCUAAAGAGAAUAAUUAUCAUACGUUUAAGAUCAAAAACAUUAAUAAUAAUAAUAGUAUCUACCAUAACAACAGCCUCAAUAUUAACAAUAUUCUUAAGAAUAAUAACCUAUUUAAUAAACACCUUAUUAGCAUAAUCUCUAUCAUCCUCUUAUGUCGCCACUUCAAAAUAACUAUAACCAAUUUCCUCUCUAAGAUAAUUUAUAACAAUAUCAGUAAGUGCUUUUUACCGAUCAAAACUCACAUCAUCCUUAAGCUAUAAUGGUUCAUUAAUAAUAUUUAAUGCAGCUUUAAUAAAAUAGAUAGGAAAUUGAUCUAGUCAGACAAAUAUUAGAAGAAAAAUUAAGAUUAUAAUAAAUAGAAAUGUAGAAUCAACUAUUAAUUGAUUAAUACUAAAGGAAAGUGAUGGAUGUUUAAAGAGAGUAAAAGUUAUUUGAGCAGGAAAUAAUGAAAUUGUAAGAUUUUAUUUAAGGAAAAUAAAAACGUCCUUUGGAUCCAACAGUCUUUGCAUCAAGCGUUUUUUUUAAUGCUUUAGGUAAAAAAGAGAAUGUAAAUUAAACACCACAUUAAUAAAUAGCAAACAUAUAACCUAUAAAAAUAUCUCCUUUCUAAUCACCAACAGCUAAUUCUUAAGCUCAAUAAUUUUAAAAAUAAAUUAAAUAAUCUGAUAUAUCUUCUUAAUAUUCUCAUCAAUAUUAAGAAGUAAAUUAAUUACUUCCUGAAAAGCAGUUAUAAAUUUAUUCUUAUUAACACUAAUAACAAUAAUAAUAAUAAUAAUAAUAGUAAUAAUAAUAAUAAUAAUAAUAAUAAUAAUAAUAGUAAUAAUUACUAAAAAUUAAUAAAUCAAAAGGAAUUACAGAAUCUAUGAUCGAUAAUGAUGUUGAACUACCUGGAGAAUCUGAGUAUGUAAAUUAUACUGAGGAAUAAUUAGGUAAGAGUUUUAUGCCUGAAUAUAGAGAAUUAAAAUUAUAAAAUCAAUUAUCUUAAAAUUUCAAAUAAACUAAAAAUACGAAAAACUAAUAAUCAUAAUAAUUUAAAACGCUUCAAUCAUAAAAUUUUUCAAAUAAUGAUUUUUAAUUAAAUUAAUAAUAAAAAUCAUCUAUCACAAAUGAAAGUUGUGAGUUACCAACUAAUGCAAUUUAAAAAUCUAUUCCUCCAUAAUUAAGUAGAGUGUAAGCUAGCGAGUAUGUGUAAGACAAUUUUAAAGAUGAAGAAAUUGAUGAAUCAAAUAAAAAUUCAGAUGAAGAAAUUUAUGAAUAGUAGGAUUUUGAAUCUGAAGAAGAAGUUGUUAAUGAAAGAGAUAAUGAUCACCUAUUUGAUUAGUAGGAUGAAUAGGAUGAUUAAAAUGAGAAUUCAGAUAAAGAAUAAUAUGAUAUUGAAAUACCUAAUCUAUAGAAUUAUGAUUUAAACAUGUUAAAAACCUAAGAAUAUUAUGCAAUGUUUGUAGAAAAUAUAAAACCUUAAUCAAGAUAGUAAGAACUAAAAUUUCCAACAAAAUUACUUUAAUAAAAUACAUUAAAGUUGCAUAAUGAUACUAUAUAAUAAUCAAGUAUGUGUGAUUAAAGUGAGAUUGUAGAUAGUUAAUUAAAAUGUAAUAUAGAAUAAUAAGGAGAUGUUGAAGAAGUGCAGAUGAGUCAGGCUUAGUUUUCUGUAUAUUAGUAAUCAAUGGCAAUACCAGAGGAUGAAGAACCUUCCUAGCCUACUGCAACAUAGAAAACACUAAAAAAUUCAAGUAGAAAAUAUUAAAAACCUAAAACGGUUGAUAUUUUUAAAAAUGAACAACCAAGAAAUUCAAAUCCAUAAUCUCAAAAUUAAAUUGCUCAACUUUAAGAGUAAUCAAGAUUUACAAAUCAAUAAAUUCCAGAUUAAUCAAGAUGUACAAAUUUAUAAAUGCCUGAUCAAUCUCGUUGCACUAAUCAAAAUCCUAUUGCUUCUUAAACUUUUUUGUAUCAACCAAGAGUUGAAUUAGUUAAAUCCAGAUUAGAAAAUCUUUUUUAACAUACUAAUGAAAUAAUGCCAGAUCUACCAAAAGUAAAAGUUGAGAAGAUAGUGGCUGUUGAUGAUGAUGAAAUCAAAUCUUAUAAAAUGGAAGAGAAUUCUUAAUGGUAGUAACAAUUAGAUUUGUUUGCCUACGAAUAAAGCCAUAGUUGA